AUGUUUCGUCGACUUCCAUCAGGUCUUCCAAAAGAUCCUAAAUUCGAACCUACUCUAGAAGGACUUGGAUACUUCAUCAAUGAGAAGGAUGAAAUCCGUUCAAUCGAAAAUCCAAAGGCUUACUUUAAGUUCUUCCUUACCAAAAAUGAUCGUUACAAUCAACUGCAUCGCGAAGCUAUGAAUCAUGCAAUCCGUGAUAUAGUAAUGGAACGCCUUCUCAACCUUGGCCUCCAAAAAGUUCUUCUCCCUCUCAAUGUUACCGAAACUUCCCCUCACAUCCACAUCCUAACUUCCUCCAACCUUUCUACUGCUUCUCGAGUCAUCAUUUUAUUCUAUGAACCUAAGGAUGAUAUCGGAAUUUUUGCUCAUCGUAUCUUAGGUGGUGCAGGUGGGAUCAAUACUGGUUCUGCUGUCAAUAUCGUCAAGUAUAUCCAAGAGAAGGGUGCAUGUUCUGAAGAAUCGGAGCCGCCAGCCAUUAUACUCGCCAACAUGGGUCAAAUUUAUUGGUAUCGUCGAGGUCAAAAACCCGUCACUCUGAUGACCUGGUCCGCUUUACCUCAAUCUAGUUGCGUCGAAAAGACCACUCGCCUUGAUGCUAUCAAAAACACAGUACCUGGAAACCGUACGACGGAUGAACAUAUUGAUUAUAUAUUCAACCAUGUCAUUGAAGAACUUAUGCCAAAGGUUGCCAAAAUUGAUGUAAUUGGAGUUUCUGAAGGUGCAAUGGGCGUAUCCCGUUUCUUGGACGACUUGGAAAAUUGGAAAAAAUGGGGAUCUCGCAUGCAAGCCCUUGCAGCGCUAGCGACAUGGUGGCAUUCCAUUGAUUACAAGAAUCCUCUUUUCCUCAAAUGGUUAGAAGCUCGUGGUCGUAUCUACAUGAACUCUCCCGAACCUGAAGGCACCUACCUCGCAGGUCCUCAUGGUACUCGACAUUUCAGGGCAUUUGGAAGUCCGGUCUUCAGUUUGGGUGAAUCUUAUUAUACAGAAUGCCUCUUGCCGAAAGGUUACCACACUGUGAUUGACUUCUUUCAUGAAGUUGCGGAUUGGGAUAGUCAAGGUGGAGAGUAUGUAAAUCCAACCUUUGUGAGGAUAGAUGGUGGUGAAGAAGACUACGAAGACAUGGGAUUUGGGGAUGAGGGAUUCGGUGAUGAAGAAAGAAAGGAUGGAGUUGAGCUAAAAAUUGAGAAAGGGGAAGAUGGUGAUAGGAAGGAAGUCGAGGAGUAG